GGGAUGAAGAUGAGAUCUAAUGUUAUAAGCUACGUUAUGGUGAAUGACUCUCCAGAUUCAGACUCCUCUGUCAACAGUCCUUAUGUGGCUGACCACCUUUCAAACCUUAAUGGCAUCAAUGGUGUUUUUGAUGUUCCUGGAAGCAGAGGCACUCAUGCACAUCCACAGAAUUCCAGCUCCCGCACAAUUAUUGUGCCUCCACUAAAGACCCAAAUUCAUGAGUGUAAUUUUAAUAAUCACCUGUCAGCAGGUAGUCUUGGCAAUAUCGGCAAGGCAAAAUCUUCCACGUCUUCAAAUGGACAAUCAUCUGGCAGUUGCAUUUCUCAAACGGGCUAUCGCUCCCAUCGCGUGGUAAAUGGAGUGCAGCCUCUCAACCUCAGUCAAAACCAGCAGUCAGCCUCAAUAGGAUCCCAAGAGAGAAGCAUGAAUCCUCCUCUUCGUAGGCAACACGCCUAUGUUGCUCCACUUCCACCAAUUUCUCAGGCACCAUUCACUUUCCAGCACAGCAGCCCUUUGCAUUCCACUGUGCAUCCCCACCUUGCGGCAGCUGCGUCGGCCACCAGCCAUCUAACAAGCCAGCCUCACAUGUACACAUAUGCUCCCACGUCUGCUGCAACCCUGGGGUCAACUACAUCCAUUGCUCACCUGUUUUCCCCUCAGGGCUCCUCAAGGCAUACAACUUACGCUACACAUCCCAGUACUCUUGUGCAUCAGGUCCCUGUCAGCGUGGGGCCAAGCCUACUUACCUCUGCCAGUGUGGCUCCUGCACAGUAUCCACACCAGUUUGCCACACAGUCAUAUAUUGGUGCCUCGAGGGGUUCUGCAAUCUACACUGGAUAUCCUUUAAGUCCAACCAACAUCAACCAGUACUCAUACCUAUAAUAAAGAAUACAGAAGGUUUUUUUUUUUUUUUCUUCCGGUUUUAAAAUUUGACUGUUAAACAGCAGGAUUUGCUAGAAGCGCGCUUGAAGUAAAAGGGGUUCUCUUCCUUAAUGACUGCAUUGUUGUAGUCAAAUAAGCUUGUUCAGUGUUAAAUCAUUCUGUGGUUCUGUGUAUUACAUUUUUGUAGCAUCGUUAGCAUAGCUCCUUCCAUGUAAAGACUGCAUUUCUAUCAGCUUGGGCCUCCGCCAUGGAUUUCUGCGAACUGCAAUAACAUUCUUCCCAUGUUCCUGCUUUUUUUUGUUUUUGGGGUUUUUAGUGGUUUAUAUAAUGUUUUUUUUUCUUUUAGUGUGAAUUUAAUAUUUACAAGAUAUAAGCUCAUUCUUAGAAAUGUGUGACACAUGAUGUAUUUUAAAAGUUUUAAAGCAAUUUUAAUA